AUGCGCCGUGGUGCCGCCGCCGCGCCGCCCGCGGGAGCGGCGGGGCCCGGGCUCCGGUUCCGGCUCCGGUUCCGGUUCCUCCCGGAGCCGCCGGGACGCGGACGCGGAGCGGGGCCGGAGCCGGCGGGAGGCGGAGCGGGAGCGCGGCCGGCGGGAGGCGGCGGAACCGGGCCUCGACCUCCCCUCGGAUCCCGCCCGGCCCAAGCGGGAAGCGGGGCCCGGUGCCAGCGGCCUAGCGCGGGGCAAGCGGGAGCGGGAGCCCGACGGAGACUCCGAGCCCGAGCCGGAGCCCACGGUGCGCUAUGGCCAUAUGGCCGCUUCGACCCCGAGGACCAGCGCAGCCGGCACUGCCCCUACCUGGACACCAUCAAUAAGAGCGUGCUGGACUUCGACUUCGAGAAGCUCUGCUCCAUCUCCCUGUCCCACAUCAAUGUGUACGCGUGCCUCGUGUGCGGGAAGUACUUCCAGGGCCGGGGGCUGCGCUCUCACGCCUACAUCCACAGCGUGCAGCUGAGCCACCACGUGUUCCUCAACCUGCACACGCUCAAGUUCUACUGCCUGCCCGACAACUACGAGAUCCUGGACUCCUCGCUGGAGGACAUCACGUACGUGCUCAAGCCCACCUUCACCGCCCAGCACAUCGCCAGCCUGGACAAGCAGGCCAAGCUCUCCCGCGCCUACGAUGGCACCACGUACCUGCCGGGCAUCGUGGGGCUCAACAACAUCAAGGCCAAUGACUACGCCAACGCUGUCCUGCAGGCGUUAUCCAACGUGCCGCCGCUGCGGAACUACUUCCUGGAGGAGGAGAACUACCGCAUCCAGCGCCCGCCCGGGGACAUCAUGUUCCUGCUGGUGCAGCGCUUCGGGGAGCUCAUGCGGAAGCUCUGGAACCCCCGGAACUUCAAGGCCCACGUCUCGCCCCACGAGAUGCUGCAGGCCGUGGUGCUGUGCAGCAAGAAGAGCUUCCAGAUCACCAAGCAGGGGGAUGGGGUGGAUUUCCUGUCCUGGUUCCUGAACGCACUGCACUCGGCGCUGGGCGGCACCAAGAGGAAGAAGAAAACCAUCGUCACCGACGUGUUCCAGGGCUCCAUGCGCAUCUUCACCAAGAAGCUGCCUCACCCGGACCUGCCGGCCGAGGAGAAGGCGGCGCUGCUGCACAAGGCCGAGUACCAGGAGCUGAUGGUGGAGUCCACGUUCAUGUACCUGACCCUGGACCUGCCCACGGCGCCGCUCUACAAGGACGAGAAGGAGCAGCUCAUCAUCCCCCAGGUGCCCCUCUUCAGCAUCCUGGCCAAGUUCAACGGCGCCACCGAGAAGGAGUACAAGACCUACAAGGAGAACUUCCUGAAGCGCUUCCAGCUCACGCGCCUGCCCCCGUACCUCAUCUUCUGCAUCAAGCGCUUCACCAAGAACAACUUCUUCGUGGAGAAGAACCCCACCAUCGUCAACUUCCCCAUCACGAACGUGGACCUGCGCGAGUACCUGUCGGAGGAGGUGCAGUCCGCGCACCCCAACACCACCUACGACCUGGUCGCCAACAUCGUGCACGACGGGAAGCCCACGGAGGGCUCCUACCGCAUCCACGUCCUGCACCACGGCACCGGGAAGUGGUACGAGCUGCAGGACCUGCAGGUCACCGACAUCCUGCCCCAGAUGAUCACGCUCUCGGAGGCCUACAUCCAGAUCUGGAAGCGGCGUGAAGAGGAUGAGACCAACCAACAGGGAGCCUGAGCCCCCAUGGACACCCAGAGGAAGACCACCUGGGGACACCCAGGACCCCCCCUUGGGGUC